AUGAUAGUUAACAAAAAAGAAAUUAAGUUCUACCUCGUCCACAAUCGGGGCCCAAAAAUCCGAGGAAACAAUGGCAGGUUCCAGAAACGCAGUCCCCGUUUCCGUAACAGUUACUGGGACAGUUCUCCACCGAUUCUAUGGAAAGAAGAAAAGGGGGAAAGUGAAGAUAAUGUAGAACAGGACAAAGCUGAACCUCAAAGGACAUUCGCCGAUGGAACAGAGGUGGCUGUGAAUGGCCUGGAAGUUACACCUCCUUAUAACAACGGUCAAUUAGAAGCCAAUAUCUACGGGACGAUAAUGCACGAAGUCAGGUUUUUGCAAGUGAACCACACCGUGGCCUUCACCCCAAGCAACAAUGAAUUCACCUUACAGCUUAGCCCAAAGAGCUUUGCCUCAAAAAUCUUCAGCAUUGAUGCCUCGCUUUCCCCACAGAUGGAAGACCUGCGGCUUGUCUACGGCACCAUGGGGGGCUACUACGGCGCCAACGGCAUCCACGCUUCUGAGCCCACCCUAGACAAUCGACGGAGGAACUCGGCGGUGGAGGUCAUCUUUGCCGAUGAACUGGAGCGGUCAAAACCAGAAGCCGACCCCAGGUUGCUGCUGCUCCAUUCCCAAAGCAGCUCCGCCUUCCCCAUGGUCUACACGGAGCUGGACCACGAUUGGGAAGCGGCCAGUCUCUACGAGCCGAGGAGCCCCCUGACCUCUUUCCAGCCCAGCUCCAAGCUGGAUGGCGCCAGCAAGCGCCCUUCCCUGAGCGACGCGAGAGACAGGAGCCCAAGGCAGCAGCUCACGUACACCGAUGUCCCCUACGUGGCAGCCUCCCAUCAGCCCUUGGAGGUGGCUUCUCCUCCCGUUUUCUUCUACGUGGAUCGGCCACCUCAGUACCCCAAAAGCCCCACCGUUGACCGGGCCGAGGAAAGAGUUGUGGAGGUCAACCCCUGCGAGGCACCCUUGAAGCCACAAAGGAACCCAGCUGCAGCCCACCCCAAGUCGAUGGAGCCUCUGGCCCUACCCCGGGCACCCUAUGUCACCCACCUUAGCAUGGAGGAAGAGGAUAACGUCUUCGGCUACGGUGUUCCGGAGACCCCCAAAAGAUCUUUGAGCCAGUCGGACGUCAAAGCCACCAGAUUCCCUUGCGGCUCCGAGUUCCGCCCCCUCGGACCCUGCCCCGUCUUGACCAGCAGGAAGAUUGACCUCUUGCAAUGCCUGCUCACCCAGCCGCCCUUCCCAGAAACUCCCCAAGUCCAGCGGAGCGCAGAGCGCUACGCGGGCAGCGGGACCGAAUCCAGCGACUCCGAUUCGGACCUCCUCCCGGACUACUAUGCCCUCUACGGGCGGGUUCUCAAAAGACCCCGGGUGCGGAUUCACCUCUCCUCGGGGAGCCUGCAGCUGGAGGGAGAGGAGCCCCUGGUCCCUGCUUCCACCAUGAUCCAUGAUCCCGAGAGCACCUCCAAUUAUUUUAUGUAG